UAUCCACCACCGCCUGUUGUUCUCUUCCGUCGGUGUCACUGUUUCCUGUGUUGACUCUCAACGCCUCCUCCUGUUUCUGUACGCGCGCAGCAUUAGUUCCGUCAUGUAUCCCAGCCCUUUCGCAGCGGUGAUAAGUUUGCUGUGCAUCUGUUGCUCACGCUGUGCACUGCCUCGAAGAGGAAUCGGUACGUGCCCAGAGCUCUCGCAGUGCGUCUGCAACGCGUCACCCACGAGGGCUCCCUACGUCAAUUGUAGUGGCAUCUACAACGUGACGUCACUCCUACGAGACAUCGCAAGCUUGCAGGGGCAAGCGAUAGAAAGUCUGUAUGUGGGGCACGCCAAUAUGUCCGCUGUGCCGGCGUAUUUAUUCUCCAACGUGACUUUGCCAAAGCUCGAAGUUGAACACUGCGGUCUGAAGUCGCUCGACGACGACGCCUUCCUGGGUCUCACUGGGUUGACGUACCUGGGCCUCUCUCACAACCUCCUGACGACUGUACCGCGUGCUCUCCGUGCACUGAGUGGGCUGGAGGAGCUGUACCUGGACCACAAUCGAAUACGGUUUGUCGGCGAAUCCUUCGGUCACCUGUCGUCGUCCUUGAGCUUUCUCUCGUUGGCAAACAAUUUUAUUUCGUCUUUUCACGCGAACGCUUUUAAAAAUCUGCCCACUUUGCUGGAGUUGUGGUUGGGCAGGAACAGAAUUAAGACCAUUCCUCCGACGCUUCUUUCUGGAGUGCCGGAUCUGAUUGUCCUUCACUUGGAGUGGAAUUCUAUAGGAUCGCUGUCUGAAGAUGUCUUUCGGAAUCUGGCCACCUUACGCACACUGCACUUGAACAAUAACAACAUCACUAACAUCGGCGCACCGGCUGCUGCAUCACUCCGUUAUCUGAGAGAACUCUUCGCAGCUAUGAGGUUUCUCGAGGAACUAAGGCUGGGAAAAAAUUUGAUCUCAUUUUUAGCUGAUGACACGUUUGAGAAUAACAAAAACCUGGAUUUGUUAGACCUGAGUGAUAACCGAAUUGCCUGGAUAGGAAGGAACAGUUUUUACCGUCUUCUCAAAUUGAGGGAGUUGUCUUUGGAAGGCAAUCGUCUGAUGACGUUAAACGGAUCGUUGCACUGGAUGCCUACUCUUCAGGUCUUAUAUAUUCAACACAAUCAAUUACGAGCACUCGAAGAAGAUGUUUUUAAUGGCGCUCCAAGGCUAAAAAGGAUCUACGCAUUCGCAAACAACAUCAGCGAUGUUCGUGGUGCGUUCAAGGAGCUCCGAGGCCUAGAAAGACUUCUCCUUCAGAACAACAGCCUGACUACAAUACAUCGCGCCAGCUUCCCCGCGGCUUGGAUGGGCUUGAAAAUAUUAACCGUUGCAGGGAACCCAUUGAACUGUGACUGCCAAAUCUCCUGGCUUCUAGGAGAUCGUACAAGAGUGUCAUUACAAGACAUUCCGCUUUGCGACACUCCUUUCUGGUGGAAGGGAUCGUCGCUGCGGAACCUCACCUCGGAGCAUCUGCAGCGCUGGCCCGAGGACUGCGACGACAGGUGCACGUGCACAUGCCAUGUGAAUCAAGAUUACGGCAAGGUGUCAAACGUGGACUGCUCAAACAAACACCUGACAGACACAGCACUGAGGCUUCCUAGGGAUACGUACCUCGUCAACCUCGAACACAAUCGACUACGUUCCAUAGGAAGUUUCCUCGUCGAACGGACGCCAUACCUGCACACCUUGCUCCUGAGUAAUAACUCGCUCGCCAACAUUGAAGCCAAGGAUAUCCCCACGGGCUUGAAGCUCUUGGAUCUGAGAAACAACAGCCUUGUUCGACUUCCGACACCUGUUGCGUCGCAGCUAAACUUAUCCAGCUUGUGGCUGUCGGGAAACCCGUGGAGUUGCGAUUGUGAGGCCUACGAUUUCCAAGUCUGGGCUCAUGACCAUGAAGAUGUGGUGAGGGACUCCGACUACAUAAUAUGUGCAGGAGGAAGUAACCCCGGCGUCGCUCGGAAGUCCUUCAUGCAACUGCACCAGGUGGAUCUCUGUCCACCCGGUAUAUCGAAGUUCGUUGUAUUUGGAGUUCCUAUAUUUGUUCUAUUAACCAUUGUGCUGACCGUCACGGUGGUGUAUCUAAAACGAGAAAGGCAAAUCAAGAUAUGGCUGUACGCGCAUGGCGUGCACUUUGUCAAGGAGUACGAACUGGACAGCGACAAAGUGUUCGACGUGUUCAUGUCAUUCAGCAGCAAGGAUUUUGAUUGGGCGUAUGGAAACCUAAUACCCGGACUCGAAAGGGCGGACUUCUCAGUGUGCACCUACGAUAGGAACUUCAAAGGAGGCUUUCUACUCCAGGAUAUCAUACGGGAGGCCGUUACUUGCUCACGGCGUACGCUGCUACUGCUUACACAAAACUUCGUGGAGAGCGACUGGUGUCGUUGGGAGUUCCGCGUCGCGCAUCACACGGCUCUGCAAGACAAAAUCAACAGACUGAUCAUUGUGGUUGUGGAUAAGGUGCCGGAUGGUGUCGAUCAGGAACUUAUUCGUUACAUGCAGGCAACUAAUUAUCUGCGCUGGGGGGAGAAGCAUUUCUGGAACAAGCUCAUAUACUCUUUGCCCAAGAAAGACAGAAACCCAGUUCGGGAUCCUGGCAACAUACCGCUCUCAAUCAUACCAAGGACAGGGGAUUGAAUCGGUUAAUUGUCUUUCGUUGUUUAUUCGUUGUUUUUCUAGUUUUGAACGUGGUCAAAGCAAGAUACAACGGUCGAGUGGUGUUUCAGUGCGAAAGAUAUCCACUUCGAUAGGCUCCGUUACGUCGAAGUAACAGAAAAUAUACAAUUUGAGGACUGAACUGUUAUAUCUGUUGACACAGACGGUGCGAGAGUUUUCGUUGAUGUCGUCGCUGGAUGCGCAUGCUAUAGUGUUCCAGUAAGAGACGCCCAUAAAGGACAACUGCAUCAAGUAGAACUCACACACCAAUCCAUCGGUACAUGAGUGCGCAGAAACCGUUACUUGAAUAAAAAAAAGCUAGAAAAUGGUUUGGCGGUCUGUCGACCGGUACAUUUACUUACGGGGACGUCACGAGUCACGGUUAAGUAUAAAAAGAUAGUUAAUUUAGAAUUACGUUUCUUGAAAUGUGACAUGACUGAUGUGACUAUGAAGCAGAUAUGGACGUGGAUCUUUAGUACCUACGUUGUCAGGGUAGCAUAUUUCGAACACAUAGUAGAUAAGGACAUCCCGUCAUGCCAGUAGUGAUCCCUGUGAGAUCAAGUAGAUUGAUUUUCUAAGGCAGAGAAUGAUGGUGACUGUCGCUUUAAGUCGAAGUCGCGUUAAGUUAAGUUAUUAUUAUUAUUAUUAUUAUUAUUAUUAUUAUUAUUAUUAUUAUUAAAUAUGGCUUCAAUAAUUUUUACCACUGCUUACAAAUAUGCUCUGAUCGCUUUGUUCAAUACACUCUCAUUGCAAGUAUUUUCGUAGCUCUUCAAUUCGUUUUGCCUUCAGUAUUUAGUAUCGUAUUUAAACGGUAUCGGUCAUAGAUAGCAGUCAAUAGCUGCAGAUCCUAUUCCGUGUAAUUCGUUUUCCUUUAUACAGCUUGCGUGUGCCCCUCAGUUAUGCAGUGCCCUCGCGGGCCUUUGACCUGUAACCAAAUAAAAAUAAAUGCAUUUUUAUAGCA